AAUUAUAAUCCGUUUUUAUUAUAAUUAAUAAAUGAGAGUAAGUAUAUUGUUAUUAACAUUUUUGACAAUAGGAACAAUAGCUUAAGAUAAUGAAGUUGUAAUCUAAUUAUUAGCUGAAUUAAGAUAAGAGGCUUUUGAACAAUUAUAAUUAUUAGAUAUAAGAUUUUAACCAAUAAAAUAGGCAAAGUUAGAUUAAAUAGCAGUGAUAUAAUAAGCAAUAUCUGAAUAAAAAGGAGAGUGUUAUAAUAGAGAGUAAGAUGUAUGAUAUAAUAAUAAAUAUAUAGGUAGUAAAUAAACAGACAGAAAUAGAUUUAGCAAAUGAUUAUAAGAAUUGGAUGAAAUCUCGAUAAGAAAGUAAUAAUAAUAGAAUUGGAACAUUAUCUACAAAUGUAUGUGAGAAAAAUAAUAAUUCUUUGAAUAAAGUAAAGAAUGCAAGAGUGUUAUUAAGAUUGAUUGCAUAUUUGAGAGUAACAUUAUAGGCUUAAUUAUCAACUUCAUUUGCUGAAGUAAAAGAGAACACUAUAUCAGAAAUAUCACAUAUUGUAUCAGCUUACAAAGAGUAUAGAAAGAUGAAUAUGCUAUAAAUGAAAUAGGAGGAUUUUGAGUUGAAUGGAACAAUUGAAUAAUUGAUAGAGUUAUUAAAUUAAAUGGAGAGAGAAAUAUAAGAUGAUGUUGCAAAUGGAUAGAAUGGUUAAGUCUAGAUUGGAGUGACAUUCUCAGAAUUCAAAGUUAGAAUUGAAAAGGAGAAUGAUAUAUUCAAUAGACAAAUAGAAGUCUAGGAUGAUCUAAUCACUGUAUCCAUAUAUUCUGAAUAUGUAGCAUUUCUAAAAUUAAUUGACUACUUUAUAUGGUCGAGUUGACAAAUGUUAAGCUAGAUUGAAGGAAAUAGAAUAUACAUUAUUAGUAGCAGAGGAAGAUUUAAAGUAUGAUUAAGAAUGGGUUGAUGAAGAUAGAUAAAGAUUGGAAGAAGAAAUUGAAUUGUUUGAUUGGUUAAUUAAACAUUAUUAAACAGGCAAUUUUGAGGAAGAUAAUGAUAAUCAUGUUGAUGAUACAUAAAAUGGUGUUAAUUAAUUAAAUGGAUAAGUAUAUAGAUUUGAUUCGAAGUUAGGGUCAAAAUGCAAAUGACAGAGAUGGAGUAAUUGAUUAUACACCAUUAAAAGAAUAAUCAAAUGCUUGGGCUUCAUCAGAAGAAGAAUCAAAUGAUGGAAAUUAAGAUAAUUAAUCUAAUCAUUCAGAUUCAGAUGAUUAAGAUAGAGGUGAUGUAAUUGAUUAUACACCAUAUGAAGAAAAAGAUGUAGAUUGGGAUUCUUUGUUAUAAAAAUAAUCAAAAAAGACUCAUCAUAAAUUAAAAUAAAAUACUCAUAAAUGAUUUAUAAAUAAUACAAUAAAACUAGUUC